GCUGGGACUCCUCAUGUAGGUGCAUUUUCUUUUUUGUAAAUAGUGUGUUUGCAUAUAUUUUGACGGCAUAGCGUCUUACCUGAUGGUAGCACGCUGAUUGGACUUUUGUUUGAGUUUGUGAGGUGAGCACUGCUCGGGAGGAGAUGGCUCUGAGCGAAGUCAGUCGCAGCGUGCGGCUGCUUUUAGGUCAAAUGCAAUGCUGUCGGUCAACUGUGCUUUCAAACCUCACAGCUCGGUGUCUGAGUCAAGCAGCCUCUCAACCGGAGCCCAGCGCGUCUGAAAAUGAAGCCGUGAACCCGACCUUUGUGAACAGAAACCCCCGGAACCUGGAGCAGAUGGCUCUAGCAGUGAAGGACCGGGGCUGGAAGACAACCUGGCCUCACCAGGAGUUCUACCACAGGUUGAUGUUCUCCCGCAGCCAACACCAUGUGACAGCCCAGGUGUUCUCCAGCUGCUCGCCUAUCCCGGUGCUUUCUUGUUCGACCAAAGAGUGGGCUGUGAAGAAGGAGCUGGCUUCUACAAACUGCGUGGCAGCCUGUCAGGCUGUAGGCGAGGUACUGGCACAUCGCUGCCAGCAGGCUGGCAUCACCAGGAUGGUGUACAGGGCGAUUCCCUGGACAUACCGCUCGGAUGGCGUUCAGUCUUUCAGAGCUGCAAUGAAAGCAGGAGGAAUCACUCUCAGUGAACCCAGAAGGAAAUAUAUUGGGACCUGACUUUAAGUCAUUAGUCAUAUCAGUUAUUUUGCAUAAAUCUACUCUGUAUUCACAUUAACUCUCUUUUGUUAACUAUUACUGUACUGAUAUUAAGAUCACCAGCUCUAAGUGACAAACUUAGGAAACUGAAUAAGGCUUGUCCCUGUGCUGUGUAUCUUUUGAAUCAAGUCAUUCUCCUCUGGUGUAUUAUUUAAUCCAAAAAUAAAGU